AUGAACCUGACCCAGGAGGGUUCUUGUUCAGGGCUUGGAUGCUGCCAAAUGCAAAUCCCUAAGGGUUUUAAGAUCCUAAAUAUUACUACUCGUUCGGUGUAUAAUUAUAGCUAUGCGAGGAACUUCAAUCCCUGCAGCUAUGCAUUCUUAGCAAGGGAAGGCUGGUAUCCCUCGAAUCUUACUAACGUCGACCAAGAGGUGCCGACAAUACUCAACUGGACUGUAGGAGAGCAAACAUGUGAAUCCACUGAUCCAUCUUCCAAAGUUUGUGGACCUAACACUAACUGUGUCAACUCUGACGAUGGCCCUGGAUAUCGUUGUGUAUGCAAGCUUGGAUAUCGUUGUGUAGGCAACCCCUACCUUUCUGAAUCUCAAGGAUGCCAAGACAUAGAUGAAUGCUUGGAUCCAAAAAUGUAUCCUUGCAAAGGGAUGUGUAAGAAUACCCAAGGAAAUUACACUUGUCACUGCCCACCUGGCAUGUUUGGUGAUGGCAAAGUCGCUUGCCAAGGAUUUCAUAUUUCAAAUUUGCAUGCUAUUCAUGGCAGUUGUGGGAUGGUCAUACUCCUUGCCUUUGUUAUUAUUAUAAUUUGGAGAGGGUGCAACAGAAGAAACAAACUUAGAAAUUUCCAACAAAAUGGAGGUUUCUUGUUAAAGCAUCAAAAAAUUAGGAUCUUCAGUGAAAAGGAGCUUGAGAAGGCAACCGAAAAGUACGAUAAGGGUCGACUUCUUGGCCAAGGAGGCUCUGGUGCAGUAUACAAAGGAGUUUUAGCAGACGAGUCAGUAGUGGCAAUAAAGAAGCCUAAUGAAUUCAAACACUUAAUAAUAAAGGAAGAAUUUCAACAUGAAAUUAGUGUUGUCUCUCAGAUCAAUCAUAAGAAUGUGGUUAAGGUUUUAGGCUUGUGUCUAGAGACAAAAUUCCCAUUACUCAUUUAUGAGUUCAUCUCCAAUGGAUCACUCUUCGAUCACCUCUAUGUCAAGCGCUCUGCGAUUCUAAAAUCAUGGGUAAAUCGUCUGAGAAUUGCUGCCGAGACAUCACUAGCGCUCGAUUAUCUUCACUCACUUGCUGACCCACCAAUCAUCCAUAGAGAUGUCAAGUCCACCAACAUACUUCUUGAUGAAAAUUUCACGGCAAAAGUUUCUGAUUUCGGAGCUUCUGUGUUGAUUCCAUCGGGUGAAAGUGCUGUUGUGACUAAAGUACAAGGAACUCGUGGGUACUUGGACCCGGAGUACUUGAUUACAGGUUUAUUAACUGUAAAGAGUGACGUUUACAGCUUCGGGGUUGUUCUUAUGGAGCUCUUAACAGGACAGAAGCCAAUUUGUCCUCAUAAUUCUGAAGAAAAUGGGCACUUUAUUCAGUAUUUCAUUUCUUCGGUGGAACAGAAAAGAUUCUCGCAGGUUUUGAUAAACUUUGAGGAAGUUGUUGAAGCAAGGGAAACUGAGCAAAUUGAAGCGAUGGCUGAACUUGCCGUGAAAUGUCUCCACAGGUACGGCACUGAGCGGCCUACAAUGAAGGAGGUGGCUGAGCAACUCGUUGGAUUGAAGAAAUGGCAUGAGAUCUUUCAUGCUCGGGAAGACAAUGAUGAUGAAGAGAGGGAGGGCAUGUUGGGUCACUCGAUCAACACAAACGAUGAAGUGUUUCAUUCAAUGUCGGAAAGCCAUUACAUGACUGCACUUAAUAUUGGAUUUUCGUGAAACAGCACAUGCUUGAAAGCGAGGUCGUUUGGUGGUAGCUCUACGAGUUUGUGCUCUAUCAAUAUAUUUCUUCUGUUGUUGAAUACUUUUAUCUUUAAAGUCUGUGCUAUAUAUGUUCUAGGGUGUUAAUUAUUGUUCAGUCCUUUUUUCAUUUUUUUUAUUUGUCUUUUUCUCGUGCUCUCUGUGGGAUUCUGGUGUUGCAUUUGAUAGGUUUUGGUGUAUAUGCCAAUCAAAUUAGAAUAUAUUUUUUAAGUCUUGACGCUUGUUUUGCCUUAAACUUCCUUUUCUAUUGAUAUAUAUAUAUUGAAAAUUUGG